GGAUAACCCUAAAAAUUUCAGUCAGAAAAAGUAAACAUGUUAAGUCGAAAUUCUAUAAUACUUUCAAGAUAUGUUUUGUUGCAAUCAUUGAAUAUAUAUGAAAAAAAAUGCAUUCAGCAAAAUGUUAGGUACAUUAAUAUAUUAUGCAGACAUGAAAAUAGAUACGGGUGUCGUUUUCUAUCCAAGAGCGAGUUCUUGGGCAAAUCGAAAAAAGACAUUGAAAAUUCUCACAGUGACAUUGAACCAAACGACAAGAAAACCAAAUUCAUUAAAGAGAAACCAAUUAUCGAAGUUCUGUCGCCGGAUAUUAAAGCUUCCACGCAAGAUAAAAGUGUAGUUCUAGAAAAUGUCAAGGAAAAGAGUUUAGAGGCAGACAACGAGCCUGGCAAAGCGCCCCAAAAAUUGGAUUCCAUAAAGAAAAUUAAAGAGAAACUCAUCGGCAAAGUUGAAAAGGAAGUGGAAAAGGUAAAACCUAUUAAAAAGCGGAAACGAGUGGAUUUAUCCUCUCAAUCAUUGGAAAGGAAUUUCAUUACACCAGUAAAAGCCAUGUCCGAUUUCUUACUAAAACCAUCAGACUUGGAAAGCCUCCCGAAGACUAAAAGACGUUCCCCUUACGAAUCCGAACCUCCCAUAACUGUUUAUUGGAGAAAAGACGUCGAAGCUAAAGCUUUAGAGGUUUGGGGCAGUCAAGAAAACUUACAGAAAGAAUUACUAAAACGUGAUAUUGAAAAGAAAAAGUACCAACAGAAUAUUUUCACCGUCAAGAGAAGACUACGAGACUUCAGGCGUGAAAUGGGCAGAUCUACGGAUGUCAUCGAAGAAGAUUCCGGACUGAUGGGUAGAUCUGGAAAAGUCGUUCUCACAGCCGUAGCUAUAAAUGGUGCUAAUUUUCUGUUCAAAUUGUGCGCUUGGAUUUAUACAGGAUCGCACAGCAUGUUUUCCGAAUGCAUUCAUUCAUUGGCCGACACAAUUAAUCAACUCAUUUUAGCCUAUGGCAUUCACAAAUCAGUUCAGAUUGCAGAUUCCUACCACCCGUACGGAUACUCCAACAUGAAAUACGUGUCAUCUCUAAUAUCAGGGGUUGGAAUAUUUUGCGUGGGAACCGGUUUAUCUGUUUACCAUGGUAUAUCAGGUUUAUUGCAUCCCUCACCUAUAGAAGACUUCUUUUGGGCGUAUUUCAUUUUGGCCGGGUCUCUUGUAUCCGAAGGAGCAACUUGGCUGGUAGCAUUUAAUUCCAUCCGACGAGGUGCUAGAGAAGUAAAUAUGCCAGUCAAAGAAUACAUUUUUAGAGGCCAGGAUCCCAGCGUGAACGUGGUGUUGCUGGAAGAUUUUGCUGCUGUGGUAGGAGUGAUAGUAGCAGCUGGUUGCAUGGGGGUUUCCUCUUUGACUAACAGCCCGAUUCCUGAUGCUCUUGGUUCGUUGUUGGUGGGUUGCAUUUUAGGUUCUGUCGCUUCGUUUAUAAUAUACACGAACGUCGCUGCGCUGGUAGGAAGAUCGAUUCCCGAGGAGAAUUUGGAGAAAAUCAACCAGGAAUUGGAGAAGGACAUUAUGGUUCGGGCGAUUCACGAUGUUAAAGGAAUCGAUAUGGGUAGUUAUUUAGUGAGGUACAAAGCUGAGUUAGAUUUUGAUGGCAGGGAGCUUACGAGGGCCUAUUUGGAUAAAAUGGAGUUGAAUGACUUGCUAGAGGAGAUUAAGGCGAUCGAUAACAUUGACAAGUUGGAGGAGUUCAUGCUAAAACACGGGGAGAAUUUAGUCGAUAUGAUGGGUGGUGAAAUUGAUCGAAUCGAAAUGAAAUUACGGAAAAAAUACCCGGAAAUUCGACAUUGUGAUUUAGAAAUAUUGUAAGGAAUAGGCAAACCAAUUUUUAUUAAGUGUAAAUAAGUGUUAAUUUAAUUUCGUACUUGGCUGCGCAGUAUUGCAAAUGAUGGAUUUAAAUUUUAGCUAAAGCGAAAAUUUUGUGUAUUUAAUAUAAUAAAUUAUUGAUAUCCUUAUUGUGCUAUGCUUGUACUUACGAUGCCAGUAAAAAUCC